AUGGUCGAUCUUUCCAAGCCUCGCCGCAUCAUCGGUGAGGCUGCCAGGAGCUUUGAAUCACUAUUGCCUCCCAGCGAUGCACGCUUGUUCGAGAAGACUACGCUCGACGAUGUGCAGGAAGCUGCCCUGGCCAUCCAGCGUGCGCAGGCAGACAGAAGAUCUCUUCGAAACAUCGCACGACUAGCUGGAUUGUUUAAGGCGUUGCCAGCAUUCGCUGCGGUUCUCCAGCCUCUUUGCCCAGAACCUGCAUGCCUCAACUUUUUAUGGGCACCAAUUGAACAAUCCCUGCGGGCAAGUCUCGUCCUAGAUCAAACCACGAACUACGGCUAUGCCUCUGCCUUGGAUCAACUCAUCUAUGCCUACCAACAAAUCGCAGAACGCCUUCCCCUCUUCGACCAUCUGACUCCUCUGUUUCUCCAGAAUGAAGAUAUACAGUCAAUCAUCGCCCAUGUCUAUGGUGAUAUACUGGAGUUUCAUUCUUGCACUUAUCGACUGCUGUGUCAAAACACUUGGAAAGUCCUAUUCGGUGCCACCUGGAAGAAUUUCGCCCUUCGUUUCAAUGGGAUCCUUGAGAGGCUUGGCAAGAGCAGAGGCGUCCUUGCUGCAGGAGCAGACAGCAUUGACGUCCUGGCACACGAAACUUUCCGUCGGGAGGUUCUUGAUCGGAUGACCCGGUUGGAAACUGAAAGGGACACUUUGCAACUACAAAAUAUUCUCACUUGGCUGAAUGGAACACGGCAGGAUGAGGAUCAAGAAUCAAUACUGAAAAACCGUUCAAUUGCCCGCCAGCAAGGGACGUGUGAAUGGAUUUUGGAAAAUCCUAAUUUGCGAUCAUGGCUGGAUCCCGAAGACAAUCGACCCCUUCUUUGGCUGCACGGAAAACCCGGCUCAGGGAAGACAACCAUUGCCGCAUUUCUGAUAGAGAACGGUCCCUGGCCAGCCAAUAGCACCCUCCUCUACUUUCUCUGCCCUGAUGAAUCCCCGAGUCCUAGGUUCAGUGCAUACAGUCAGAUAUGGCAAUGUUUGAUUGCACAACUCCUCACCAAGAAUCGGGCCCUCGUUCCAUAUCUUCACGAUAGACUUACUUCAUCAUCUCAGAGCGUGAUGCCUCUGCUCUCGGAGCUGCUACGGGCUACUGGGUCUGCGUUCCUGAUCAUCGACGGGCUUGAUCGAUUUGAACCGGAGAGUCAAACCUUUAUACUGGCAGAACUGGCUAGUCUCUGGUCAUUGAAGGAAAGCAGCAGUCCAGAUCGUGCUCUGGUCAAAGUUCUCAUUUGUUCAAGAUCGACGGUGGAAAUCCACUCAAAGUUGAGGAAAUUCCCCGGAAUCUCUUUAUCCGACGAGACGAAGUCGAUAUCGGAAGAUAUCUCCAUGUUUGUAAAGGAAAACCUUGCUCCCUUGCAUUAUUUGGACUGUGCAGAGGUGGUAGAGGAGUUGGAGCCGAUGGUGGUAGCGCAAGCUGACGGAAUGUUUCUGUGGGCGAAGCUUGCUGUUGGCCAAUUGCUCAGUCAGCGUACCGUAAAGGGUUUGCACGCUGCCUGGGCCAACCUGCCGCCUGGGCUUUCGGAAAUAUAUACCGUUAUCCUCCAUCGACUUCAGGCCUGCGAUGAGCAACAAAAGGGACAUAUCAAUCAUGUUCUUGGAUUACUGGUUGUUGCAUAUCGACCUCUAAAAGUCUGGGAGGUUUGUGAUGUGAUGCUAUCGCAGGAUAGCCAGUUGCCACUCAACAGCGAGAGAAACGUCCUACACGACGCUAUCGACAUGUGCAAACCCCUUGUCGAGAGGGGCAAGCAUCAGACUAUCCGACUGGUGCAUUGGUCUGCCAAAGACUACCUGUUGACCGAGUUGAGCGGUCCCUGUAUACAGCUCCAGCAAGCACACAUCAAUAUUACACAAGCUUGCAUACGAUGUUUGACAACUUGUCAUCCAUUCACCAAAAGCGAGAUAUCACCAGAAUCUGAGAAGCAGAUCGUGAAAGGAGAUUACGAUUUUGUUUUCUACGCGUAUCAGUACUGGAUUUAUCACCUAAGAGAGUCGUUCCGGGGUCACACGUCGGCGGCUUCGACGGAUCUCGUUGAUGGUAGGAAGACAAUAUGUCACUUGGUGUUUGAUAUGCUUAAGGCCAUGAACCAAUCUCGGCUGGAUAAGGAAUUCCUUGACAACAUCGAGGCCCUAAAGGAGAGACUCAAUACCCGGGGAUCAAAUCUCGAGGAUAUUAUUAGACAGAUUCUACGUCCACUUGCUCAUCAAACGUUAUUCCUUUCACAUGGAGCGGAUCCGUCCCCACGCCCUGGUAGUCAGCGGAGCUCAAGCAUCCUCGACAUCGCGUUCACCAACUUCCAGAACGCCUUCGAGGAACUAUACGAAGCUGGUCCCUCUUUUGACCCCUCCAGAUUAGGUAUCGCAGUCACGGAUCUGUACAGUUUCAAGAUACGUCACAGCCCUACUCCGUAUCUAUGUCGCUACAGUGAGUGCGGUGCGGACGUUGUUGGUUUUACGAGCGCUCCGGAGCGUGAAGAGCACGAGCUAUGCCACCGAGGAUUUUUCGGCUGUACUGAGCCUGCAUGCGAUUUCCGUGUCCUUAAAUUUGUUUCUUGCAUUGAUUUACGAAAGCAUAUGGAGAACUACCACGGCCGCAAAGAAGCACCAUCACAAACAUCUCACGCGAAAGGCAAACGACCGAGACACGGAAGUUUGCUGCCUCUAUCCACCACUAAAGGCAAGGCUGACGAGCUCAGAGCGAGAGAUCCUACACACGAGUUGCUACAUGAAUCUGAGGUCGGCACACUGGCUCGGAUCUUUCGAAGCUGUGUCAGAUUGCUCAAGUUGAUGGUAAGCAACCUACAGGAAUCGCAAGCUCCUCCUCACCUGCUGGAAGGAAAAUUGAUGCGGUCUUUGAACACACUUCAGCUCUGGGGAGAUGCUUAUCAUGUCGACGAGGGAUAUCUGGAUAAACUAUUAUGCAAGUCAACGGAGCUGCGAACCACUACUGCAACGCUGCUGGCCGGAAUUGGAAGCAUCUUAUCCUCCCGAUUAUUGGGGUCUCUGUUCCAGACUGAGAAGAAUCGAUUAGCCGCUAUUGAAAGCAGCAGAAUCCAGAGUGCGUUAGACGAUGCAAGCCACAUCGCAGAUGAUUAUCAGUGGUUACAUGACGACGAUGAAUCAGCGGACAAAGGUGCGAAUGCCGGUAGCGAUUCUAACAGUCCACGAGCAGAGGAGGUUCAAGCUGUCGCCGAUGGCCUUUGUGACUACUCUCUAGAGUUGAUGCAGAUGGCUGAUCUUUUCGACUCGCCAUUUCUUCACGAGAAAGUCUCCAACAAGACCUCUGCUUUGCCAGUUGCAGAAAGUACCAAGUCCUUGCUGCGUCACUCUGAUGCUGCCACAGACACCGGAUUAAAAGCCUCACCAGUCCUCAAGGCCAGUCCUCCAUUGAACUCUAGUGUUGAAGUCAAAAAGUCCUCAGAGCCUCUCAAUAUAGGCCGUGUACAGAAAGAAGGACGAUCAGCACUGCAUGGCUUAAAAGGAUCGCAAAAGAUUCUUUUAUUCACCAGCUACUGCUAUGGCAUGAUUUCUGGAAAGCUUCUGGUUCAAUCUGGUUCACCGCUCUCAGUAUCAGAUUUGGUUUUCGUCCCGCCGGACAGACUUUACCAGACUCCAGAGGGGGAUCAAUGGGCAAGCUUCGAAAAGCAAGUCGCCAAUGUUUGCGCUUCUCUGGUGGAGUAUCACGGAGUCAGUCUCCAGAUCUCUGUCAGGAAUGAUAAUGGAAAUGAUAGUUCAUCCGAGAAGACAUCCACUCCAAAGAAAACCCUAAGGCACCGAAAGAAUAUCAUCGCCAACAUCAUCAUCUAUGGGCCUCCAGCACUCUGCGAAUCAGUUGGAGACUACCUGUCCGCUGCCGGAUUCUUCCUCCAACAUCCAACGCAUUGUAAUCAAGAUGUGCCGUAUUUGAACCCUCACGUCCUUGGAUUCGGCGAGGACAACCUUCAGUUCACGUCAGAGCCCUUCCCGGGCGAACCACAAGACGAAACAGAACUUGACCAAAACCCCCUUUCGAACUUCUAUAGCAGUUCGGAGUUCGAGGAAACCGCGCAGCCAGACGGAAUUGCGACUGCAAUGUUCCCACAUCAGAAAAAAGCAUUGACCUUCAUGAUCGAGCGUGAAAGAGGGUGGAAUGCCUCGAAAACCAGGAACGACUUCUGGACAACCCACGUCGAUGCAUUUGGAACCACGAGAUACAAAAACACUGUAUCUGGCGUAACUCAGGCAACGAGGCCAGUAUCGCUUCAUGGAGGCAUACUCGCGGAUGGAAUGGGUAUGGGAAAAACCCUCAGCAUGCUCUCGCUAAUUGUUGCAAACCCGUCCCGGAACGAUGAGUACAACCAGCACGGGAAAAAUGUCGUCAAGAGCACAUUGAUUGUCGUCCCCUCUAGUCUGUUUUUGCAAGCGUGGCAAGAUCAGAUAAGGAUGCAUUGCCGUCCAGAACAUGUUCGCUAUCAGAUUUUACAUGGCCCUGAACGACACAAGGUUGUCAAUAUCGGAGACUAUGAUAUUGUUUUGACCACCUACAACACCGUCAGCGUGGACUGGAAGAGGAACAGCAGUAAAGAGGGCGUUGCUUCCCGCCCCAACGUUCUGUUCGAAACGUCCUGGUACCGCGUGGUCUUGGAUGAAGCACACUUCAUUCGCGACCGGAACACAAAAAAUGCACACAGCGUCUAUUCGUUGACGUCGCAGCGCCGGUGGUGCAUUACAGGGACGCCCAUACAGAACAGAUUGACCGACCUAUUCAGCCUUUUCCGGUUCCUGAGACUUGACCCCUUUGGCGAUUAUAAGGUCUUUGAAGAAGAGAUCCUACGCCCGUGGAAGUCGAAAUUGGACGACAUAGCUAAGGCUCGUCUUCGGUACAUUGUGAAGGCAAUCAUGCUGCGCCGUUCAUGGACGCGCGUACACCUACGGGAACCAAAGGAAUACGUAAUUGAGGUUUCGUUCAACGCUCAGGAACGUGAGGAAUAUCAGAAAGCUGCGACACAGGGUAUCAGCGACUUGGACAGUGUCCUUGCCGCAGACCAACAACCCUCCAAUUCGGUGUAUUUGAACUCCCUCCAAAACCUCAACGCCCUGAGAUUCAUCUGCAACCAUGGUAUUCGUCCAAGUCGUCAAGACGCUGAGUGGGAUUCAAGCGGCGUAUUCGAGACAGGUUCGCCAACAAUCCCCAAAGAGGAGGCGGAAUCCGGAGAGACGACACUUCUGCGCGAUCUUCUCUCGGAGAAAAAUGUUGGUGAAUCUUCGUCUUUCAGGGCAUCUUUCAGGGUCACAGAUCUUGAUGAUUCUGACAACGAGUCCGUUCCGUCAUUGAUCAGCGGCGGCAGAAGUACGAGAGCUUCAUCGGUAGAUCCUACAGAAGAGGCUCCAGUACCGUGGGCUUUGAGCCUGGAUCUGGUCUGUAUACAAUGCGGAAGCCAAAACUUGAACCCGGGGCAGGACAGUUAUGACUUGGGCAGUGGCACGGACGCCUACACCGAACACAUUCCGCCUCAGCUCUGCAAAAAUUGUCUUGAACACGAAAAGCCCGUAUCCUCAGACUUGUCAAUCCACACUGAGCAUGUAACGUCAGCCGAGCCGGCAAGCCAGGCCGGACAGUCGGUCAUGAAGCGGUCGACCAAGAUCAUGGCUCUGUUGAGUCAGAUCACCCACGUACCAACAAGCGAGAAAUCCGUCGUUUUCUCUUGCUGGACGCAAAGCCUGUGCGCCGUAGAGGACGUACUGUCGCAAAACGGAAUUUCAUGUGUUCGUUAUGAAAGCACAUCGAACUUGGCACGGCAACUACGGGUGCUAGAUAUGUUUGCGCACGACCCUUCCAUCCGAGUGAUCUUGAUGCCCAUAGCCUGCGCAGGUGUGGGUGCGGGUCUCACAGCAGCGAGCCACGUCUUCGUUCUGGAGCCUCAGUGGAAUCCGACGGUCGAGGCGCAAGCGAUAGCCAGAGUCGUCAGAUUAGGCCAGACACAGCAGGUAUCGGUGUACCGCUUCGUGGUCAAGGACACGUGCGAGCAGAGCAUCAUGAAGAUACAGACGCAGAAACUCAGCCUGGCCAACCUGGUUGUGGAUAGGUCGACUCUGCAACGGGGUCAAGGUAUUCCCCGCUCCCCUGCCCCGGGCAGCAAAGGACCACCGCCAACCAUCCCACGCGCCCAACGGGGUCUCCCUCAAAAACGCCCGCUCCGCAAUGUCAAGCACGCCAUCGCCGUGUCCUCUGCCAAAGGCGGCGUCGGCAAGUCCACGCUGGCCGUGAACCUCGCCCUCUCAUUCUCCCGACAUGGUCUGCGGACGGGGAUUUUGGACACGGACAUCUUCGGGCCCUCGGUGCCGACGCUACUCGGCCUGUCCGACGCCGGUGAACCCAAACUCACCGGGCAAAACAUGCUGGUGCCUCUGACGAGCCACGGGCUCCAGAGCAUGUCCAUGGGAUACCUGCUGCCGAGCGAGUCGGCGCCCGUGGCGUGGCGCGGGCUGAUGGUGAUGAAGGCGCUGCAACAGCUCCUGCACGAAGUUGACUGGUCGUCUCCCGCGCCCCUCGACGUGCUGGUCCUCGACCUCCCGCCGGGCACGGGCGACGUGCAGUUGACAAUCGGACAGCAAGUGGAGCUGUCGGGCGCGGUGAUCGUGUCGACGCCGCAGGACAUUGCGCUCAAGGACGCCGUCAAGGGCGUCGAGAUGUUCCGCAAGAUGAACAUUGACGUGCUGGGCAUGGUGCAGAACAUGAGCGUCUUUGUCUGCCCGCACUGUCACCAGGAGACCAGGAUCUUUGCCCACAGUCACGGUCCGAACGCGCAGCACAGUGGCGGUGGCAGCGGCCCAGGCGGCGCAGAGGCCAAGGCGGCGGACCUCGGCGUCGAUUUUCUCGGCGAUGUCCCCCUCGACGCGCGCAUCUGCGCCGACGCCGACCGCGGCAUGCCUACCAUCGUCGCCGAAGAGGCCAGUGGCGUCAAGGUCAAUUCUGGGUACUAUGAGCGCAUUGCCGAGAAGGUUGCCCGGAAGAUUGGGGUGGCGUGGCAAUGA